UGCAAUAACGAUAAAAUGGGACUAAAGAAGGCUUCACCAAGCCUCACCUUACCCGUCCUUUCCCUUGCCCCAAUUUGGAGGGGAAAGAACCUCUCUGAGUCAUGGUAAAAUGAUUCAUCGUGGCUCAUUCGAUGUAUAGUCGUCUCGAACAACAGCCACAGGAUGUCAUUUGAGACUCUCGGGUCGAUGAUAAAACAGCUUGUAAUCCCCGGCGCAAAACUCAAUUGCUGCAUCCUCAUUCAUUGAUCCCACCCCACUUGCUUUUGCUGUUGCGAGCUGGGCGGCACUCCCCGUACCCAGCCAGCGCUUCCCAACCUAGGUGCCCUCACCUUCACCCUCGUUUUUUUCACAAUAGCACUUGAUACAAAUAUACCGAUUUGCAUUUUACCUCGAUCAAAAAUGAUUCCCAUCCGACCUAAAGAUGGCGUUUCGCCAAGAUCAACUAGGCAGGCUGUCGGAGAGGCACCGGCGUCUCGGGUGGUUCCGAAGCCUAUCCCGGAACGCCAAUUCCAAGACGCAAGGGGAUAUCAGAUCAGACAAUUGACGCGCCGGUUCUCGCCCAUGGAGUCCAAUCUUGGAAACGGGGGCACGUCCCUUGUGUUUAGCCUCACCCCGUCUGACCCAGACUUCCCCUUCGAGUUAGAUCAGCUGCGAUGCGAUCUCCGGGUCCCAGCGGCAUAUCCCGCAGAGCCGCCGCGACUACUGGUUAAGAACACAGAGAUCCCCAAAGGCUUUGCCAUCAACAUCGAGCAAGGCUGGGACAAGUUGGUUCAGGAGAAACGCGGCGCAACCCUGCUCGCCCUGACCAAUGCCCUGGACAAACGGCUUGAGUCGUUCCUGGCAGAGGAGAAGGCCGAGACUGUGAAAUUGGUCAUCUUCAAGGACACCAGGCAUGUCGACUUCGAAACUGCCCCAGAAAAGCAGACUGCGCCGGUUUCUCCCAAGCCAUCGCCCCCCGCCCGCAUGGGGCGGCAGCCCGUGUACCACAAAUCUAGUGACGGCAUUGUCUAUACUCUACCCCUGGAGCCAAAACGCAGGGCAAAUCUUCCGGUUGGGCUUCGGCCGGUCCAGUCUAUCCAGCUUAUCAUCCCCCUCCUCUACCCCUUGCAGCCGCUGAGACUCCUCCUUAACGACGUAGAGUCGCAUGGGGCGGAGCCUGUCGAGGAGCUAUUCUCUCAGAAGGCGACAGAGCAAAAACAGAUGUCUUUGACGAGCCAUCUAAACUAUUUAGCCCAGAAUUUUCACGAUCUUGCGAAACAGGCUCAGACUCAGAGAACGGUUGCCGAGAAGGUUGCCGUCGAGGUGCCACCCAGCCCAGGCAAGGAGACGAAGGAGGUCAAACAUUCACCUGCUCUAGAUUCUGGAAAAGGGCACAUCCACUUCAUUCAAAGACCCCCUGAGUGGGCCGAUGUCGCUGAUUCAAAAGAGAUCGACUCGUCUGACGCCUUUACGUGUUCCGACGACGACGACGACGACGACGAAGAAGAAGAGGCGGACGGAGGUGCCACUGUCCAAGCAGAGAGCUCUAAUCUUCCUACACAAACUUUAGAAAGGGGGACGGCCAUGUCCUUCCCGUCGAUCGAGCUGCAUGGUAUCGACCUUCUCCACGUAUCCGUGCUCAGUAUUAGCGUCAAGUGCGCGCGUUGCAAGACGCUGAACGAGAUUGGCGGGCUGAAGGACAAUUUGGAAAAGUCGAGCAGCUGCAAGAAGUGUGCAACUUCGUUGACGGUCAAAUUCCGCCAGGAGCUCGUACAUCAAAACUCUACGCGCGCGGGCUUUAUUGACGCCUCUGGCUGCACGGUGGCGGAUAUACUUCCCAGCACGUUCGUACCAACAUGCAGCACAUGCUCAACGCCAUACCAGCAGGGCCUAACAUCGGUCCGUGGCGAGGUCACUACCAACGUGUGUCGAGAAUGCCACGGCCGCUUCACGUUCAAGAUCCCCGAUAUCAAGUUCAUAGCCUACGCUCCCGGCAUGAGCGGCCAGCUACCGCCGACCAGCGGGCCGCGGCGGCGCCAGGACAAACUCGGGCUACACGUCGGCGAGCCGCUCCCGAACCGCGGCGCCUGCCAGCACUAUAAGCGCAGCUUCCGGUGGUUCCGCUUCUCGUGCUGCAGCAAAGUCUAUCCCUGCGACAAGUGCCACGACGACGGCGAGGACGGCUCGCACGUCAUCGAGUGGGCGAACCGUAUGAUAUGUGGCUUUUGCUCGCGCGAGCAAAACUACAGAGUCGACAGCUGCGCCUUUUGCGGCCGCAGCGUCAUCGGCAAGCGCGGAAACGGUUACUGGGAAGGCGGCAAGGGCACCAGAAAUCAGGUGCUCAUGCGCCGCGGCGACAAACGAAAGCACAGGAGAAUCGGCGGCAGCGCCAACAAGGGCGCUGACUAGCUCUCGUGCUUGCUCCGAGCAGAGAAGGGGAGCGCAGCGAGUCGUUGCCACCUGGUCUACUGAGCUAUGGGAGCGACUUACAGAGUGUACCAGUAGCCCUGUAGAAAGUCUCUAACCCCUCGCGCAGUGGCAGAGCGUUGUUUUGUAAUAUCUUAGCGUAGCAUAGUGAAUAGCGCCUCUUUUUUACACUCGGCGAUUGAUACAGUACCCCAUCUUUCGCUUUGCUUACUGUAUAUCCUACAGGGCUGGUUCAAGGCUGAAGGCGAACGUGUGGGUUGUUGGUGGUUUCGCGCCCCUUCUUGGAUUGUUUCAGAAUGCUUCUUCAGCCACGCGGGAAGAUCAAAUGAUCAA